AACAUCCAAUAAAAUUACGAGUAACCCCUACCCAGAUUUUUAUUUCGUAGAAUUCGCGAUUCCUCACGCUUUUCAACAGAAGAAGCGAGAAAUUCGAAGAAACGGAUCGUUUUUCGUGUUACACGUGCGUGCCGUUUUAUAAUGUAAGAAUUUACGAAAAAUUGUGAACGUCCGUGAUUUUUAACUGUGUGUUUAGUUUUUAUUCAAAAAACGAUUUAUAUUUUUUAUUGCAUACGUUAUAAAACAAUGGCAGUGGCUAAUAAGAGACUAUCAGUGUCCGUUACCGAAGCGUUACCUCCAAGAGAAGUUGCUGAUAUCUUACAAAAGCACUCUAUAAAUUCGUUAAUUCGACAACCAGAACUCCUGAAUGAAAUUAAUUUGGAGGAAACCAUGUCCAUUACGGAUUUACUUGGAUUAAAUACGCCGAGAGGUUUAUUGGGAAGUUCUUUUGGCGGCGGUCCUUCUGGAUUGUACUCCCCAACAACCACAAAUAACUUACAGCACUUAAACUUUGACAACAACAAAUUGAACGCACCAUUAAAUGGUUAUAUCCCAAACUCAUCAGCAAUGAAGAACCUACCAAGUAACUUGUCCCUAAAUGCUUCGGGUCUUUCCUCACCCCAGUCACAUUUAAAUGGGCGUACUAUUCGGAGCUCUUCAUUGAGUGACAGUAGUAGCAACGCUAGUCCGAUUGUCAGCGAACACUCAUCCAUUGGAAACUUUGGAUCACAUGCUGAGAUGUCCGAUCGUGAAAGUGCCAUAUCAACACCCGACAGCCUCACCGAUAUAUUUAAUUCCAUAAAUCUUAACGGUGAUGCUAUACCACGUAACUGCUUCAAUAACACCAACUUUUUGGGGGAAUUGGAUUUGGUUAAUUUACAAAACCUACAAACUCUUCACACUCUUAACAAGUACUUGCAGCAGCCGCCAUCAGUGCUUAACUCACUGCUGCAUCCCGCCUGUUCGUCUACUAAUGCUUCUCAAGUACUUGAUAAGUUUGCCAACAACACCUUGAAUUUAAUGAAUUUGGCCAGCCACGUGCAAGACAUACAGUUGGAUAGAGUGGCACGAUACCAUCGUUCGGCAGCUUCCGUAUAUGAUGCAACGUGCACAUGGAGUGGUGUACUGCCAGUACGUUCAUCAAAACCGAUAGGUUACUCCAGCAAAGUGUUCUUGGGAGGAGUACCGUGGGAUAUUUCGGAACAGUUACUUCUGCAAACAUUCAAACAGUUUGGAAAUAUUAGUGUUGAAUGGCCCGGCAAAGACAAGCAAGCAAUUCAACCUAAGGGAUACGUGUAUAUAAUUUUUGAGGCUGAAAAAAAUGUUAGAGCUCUGCUCCAAGCGUGCACUAAUGAUACUGCCAAUUCUGGUAAUUGGUACUUUAAAAUCUCAUCGAAAAGGAUGAAGUCAAAGGAGGUACAAGUUAUUCCUUGGAUUCUGAAUGAUUCCAAUUUUACAAAAUCUACUUCUCAGAAGUUAGAUCCUAGUAAGACUGUAUUUGUUGGUGCUUUACAUGGUAUGUUAAAUGCAGAAGGAUUGGCAAAGGUCAUGAAUGAUCUGUUUGAUGGUGUCAUAUAUGCCGGCAUCGACACUGAUAAAUACAAAUACCCAAUUGGUUCCGGCCGUGUGACUUUCAAUAAUCCACGUUCCUACAUGCGUGCUGUGUCCGCUGCAUUUAUUGAAAUUAAGACUGAUAAGUUUACAAAAAAGGUGCAAGUGGAUCCAUACCUUGAAGAUUCAUUGUGCUAUGUGUGUGCCAUACAUCAAGGGCCCUACUUUUGCAGGGAAAUGUCGUGUUUCCGUUAUUACUGCAGAAUGUGCUGGCAGCUACAACAUAGCGGUGAUCAAAGGAGUCAUAAGCCACUUAUGCGAAACUCCAAAAACAAUUCAAUUGUGGGACUGGGUAAUGGAUCACUUAACUGAGCAAGUACGUUUUUUUGUGUUUGAACUGAAAGACUUUUGCACUUUAUGUGCAAAUUAAUUUUAAGCGUUUAUGCAAUUUUAGCAUAACAUAUUAUUAGGUAACAACUACAAGAGGUAAUCCUGUUGUUAUCCGAUUUGCCAUAUUUUCUAAUAGAAAUAAGGAAGGUAGUGGUUAUAAUAGUUUAUAUAGUUACCUUUAAAAUGUAAAAUUUUAACCGAACUGCAAGUUACAAAUUUCUAUCUUCUAAUCCUUACGCUACAAAACUUGAAGGAAUAUUUACGAAAGCUGGAUUUUAAUGGCGAUAGUGAUUAACAUAGUGUUAAAAUAAAUUCUUAGGAAUUUUAAAAUUGAUAGAAAUUCUAUAUUUUAGUCAUAACGAAGUUUUUAAUAAAGUUUAUAGCUCACUAAAGUUCAUACUUUUAAGUAGCGAUGUUAUUUUUACAUAUAAUAAUUGUUUACAUGUGGGAAGUAUAAUACUGGGGUUUAUAAUUUUUUUGAUAUGUAUUUAUUUUAUAAGUCUAGCUACUUACAGUUAUACUGUAUUUAUCACUAAUCAUGGAUUGAUGUUGGUGACGAUUUGGCAAAGUUCCGGUUGCGAUUAUGGUGUUAAAUUAUUUUGUAGAAAAUUUGAAGUAAUAUCUAUUAUUUAUGGUUCCAUUUUUCUACCGUAUAUAAGUAAAUAGAAAAAAAUUAAUUAAU